AUGAAGGCGCUGCUGGCUCUGCUCUGUCUCCUGCCCUGUUUCGGGCAUGGGGCUCACUUCACCUUCCUGGGGAGAAACAGCGGGCUCUCCAUCUCGGACCAGGAGCUUCAGCACGUCUCUGAGGAGCUCUAUGCUGCCGAUGUGAACCGGGCCACUGGCCACCAGAUCAUCCUUGACCUGCAGCACAAGGUGCCUGCCUCAGAGACCAGCACCGGGCACGACUAUGCCAGCCACAAGCUUUUCCGCUACGUGGACGAGGGCACGCUGUUUACCAGGCCCACCUUUGCCCGGCUCCAGGCCCUGCUGGACAACUACGACCGCCAGACGGGGCAGAAGGAGGUGGUGACGGCAACUGAGGCUGAAGAGCAGGAGGCCUUCCUAGCAGAGAUCUUUGCCACCCCUGUGCUGGCCACCCUCACCCGCUUCUUCCUCGCCAAAGGCCUGUAUGCUUCGGAGGCCGAGUUCCAGGAGGACCUGAAGACAAUGUGGUUCGGGAUGUACUCACGCUCCAGUGGGAAGGCAACCGACUCUUCUGGCUUCGAGCAUGUCUUCCAUGGUGAGAUCAAGAAGGGGAAAGUCUCGGGCUUCCACAACUGGGUCCAUUACUACGAGCUGGAGAAGACUGGGCAGAUCAACUACCUGAGCUACAGCUACGAUGGGCCUUGGACUGCCUACCCUGACAUCCUGGCCAUCCAGUACCGCUGGAACAGUUAUUUGAAGAGCGUUGGCUCCCUCUUCAUCGGCUCCAGCCCCGAGUUCGAGAUGGCCGUCUACACGCUGUGCUUCAAGGCCCGGCCCGACCGGCUGUGCACCCUCAGCCUCGCGGGGAAGCGGGCACAGAUCCAGACCUACUCGUGGGCCAACACGGAGUAUGGGCCCGGCCGGCACUACCUCGCCUCCUCCUACCCCUUCAGCCCCUAGCACCCGCACCAAUAAAGCCUAGCUCAGCCCUUGGCCCCACCA